AAUUACAUUUAGUUAAAUAGUGUAUGUCGUUAAGAAUAGUUCUGACAGAAUAAAAAUGGAAAGAUUUUUGGACAAAAAAUAUAAGUUGAAAACUUCGGACUGCUUUGAAGAAUAUAUGAAAUUUCUUGGAAUAGGGUUCGUUUCUCGUAUGUCCGCCGCUUCAGUCACUCCCGUGAUCACAUUAUCCCGUAACGAUAAUGAUUCGUACAGUCUCACAACACAAACCAGCCUAAAGAAUACACAAAUCACUUUCAAACCUGGUGAAGAGUUUGUUGAAGAAAGACCUGAUGGAGUAAAGGUGAAUUCAAUAAUUACUUUUGAUGGAAAUAACUUAAUUCACUUACAAACAGACGCGGAUAAAAGAACAUCGACACAAGUACGAUCGUACACGGACACCCUAAUGACGGCGAUCACAACAGCAAAUGGAUGGAGCGGAAAAUGUGUUAGAACAUACGAGUACAUCCCUUAAGUUAUCUAAGAAAAUAUUUAAUAUUGUAAGAAAAAAUUUAAUAAUUUAAUAAAUUUAUUAUGUGAUUUAA